AUGAAGCUAGAUAUAGCAUACCACUUUUUAUCAAAGAUUGCUUCAACUUCAUCUGCUUUCCCUCAAUUGAGCGAUCGCUCCGGUCUAGCAGCCCAGAAGCCACGUCAAGAAUAUCAAGCGCGUCAGUUCGAGUUCAAUUCGUUUAACCCGGGCCGGAAUCGGACAAUCGUCUUUGCUUUCACUCCGCUGUUCUCCCCCUAGAAUCCAAAACAUCUGUCAAAGCCUUCAAGCUUCAAGCUUCAAUUGUCACCACCAAAUGGCGAUUUCCUCCAUUUUCCUUCUCUGUGACAACUUGCCUCCUUCCUCUUUUCCAGUCACGGUGGUACAUUCGAACGUGUGCCGCGCAAAUGUACAUAAGAUUAACUUCAUUCGAUCCAAUUUGACAAGAUGGAUCGGCUCGUGUGUUUGGAUACGGAAGAAGAAGAAGAAUGUGGAAUCAAUCGUCACCAUUGAAGAAGAAGAAGAAUACUUCGAAGGCGAGGAUGAGUUGACUACGACGAAGAAUAUUCUUACUGCCAAGGCUGAACUCUGUUCGCAAGUGACCGCGUUCAUGGGCGUAUUGAAGGAUAUACUCAUCUCAUGCGUCGUUUUUGCUGUUCAUACACCUCAUUGCUUGGGUUCACUCAUCACCAUAAUUCUCUCCCCCUCUCGAAUAGGUGACCUUUGGUACCGUCUCGAUCGACGCUCGAGGCAAACGAAUAGCGCUGGAUUCAAUUUAGCUGAAGAACGAUACAGGAUUGUCGAUAACUUUAUCGUCAAUCACUUGUUCGACGAACACAAUCUACUACUGUAUGAUGGUGUUCCAGCAACUUGA